UAUACCUGCAUGAACUUCAUCAGUAUGAAAAUAGGUAUCAUCGCAGGAAGCUGCUGUGAACUGAUCCAAUGAUGAAGUUUGUGGCUUUCUUCACCCUCCUCACCUCUGCAGUCCACGCUGGUCUGCUGAGGAAGAGACAGACCUGCCCGCAGGUGUGUGAUGCCGCACAGUGCCCUGUCGCUCCCCAGGUCUGUUUCUAUGGGCAGGUGAAAGACGCGUGCGGCUGCUGCGUGGUGUGCGCAGCCGGGGAGGGAGAAGUAUGCGGGUCGUGGAGCAGCGGAGGCCUCUCCUGUGGGGACGGACUGAGGUGUAACUCUGUCCCGGGGAAGCAAGGUGGGCUCCCCGGCUCUUGCGUGUGUGCCUCCUCUGGCCCGGUGUGCGGCAGCGACGGCCGGACUUACCCCAGCAUCUGCCGCCUGAGAGCCGAGAACAGGAGAGCCGAGCUCGGUGAGACCGCCUCGGUCAUUCUGAUUCAGAGGGGUGCGUGUGAUGCAGAAAUGCAACAUCCAGGAAGUAUGCGCUACAAGUUUAACUUCAUCGCAGAUGUGGUGGAUAAGAUCGCCCCUGCUGUGGUGCAUCUGGAGCUGUUCCAGAGGGCGGCUUUCUCCAGUGAGGAGGUGUCCGUGUCCAGUGGCUCUGGGUUCAUAGUGUCGGAGGAUGGCUGGAUUGUCACAAAUGCUCACGUUCUCACCAACAAGCAGCGCGUAAAAGUAGAGCUGAAGAGUGGUUUGCAGUAUGACGCUUCUGUCAAAGACGUGGACCAGAAGACAGACAUUGCUCUCAUCAAAAUUGAAACCGAAAGUCCCCUCCCUGUGCUUCGCCUGGGUCAGUCCUCAGACCUGCGCCCAGGUGAGUUUGUGGUGGCGGUGGGAAGUCCCUUCUCCCUGCAGAACACUGUCACCACCGGCAUCAUCAGCACCGCCCAACGCAACGGCCUGGAGCUGGGCUUUAAGGACUCAGAUAUGGACUACAUCCAAACUGAUGCCAUCAUUAACUAUGGAAACUCUGGUGGACCGCUUGUCAACUUGGAUGGAGAUGUUAUAGGAAUAAAUACUCUGAAAGUGGCAGCAGGGAUUUCAUUUGCCAUCCCUGCAGACCGAAUACGACAGUUCCUGGCUGAAUCCUACAACAGACAAGUCAGCGGAAAUACUGCUCAAAAAAAGAAAUACAUAGGUGUCAGGAUGCUGCAGCUUUCAACAUCUUUGAUCAGAGAUCUUAAGGAGCGUGACGCUGAUUUUCCAGAUGUGAGCUCAGGGGUUUACGUUUAUGAGGUCAUACCUGGAACAGCUGCAUCCAGUGCUGGCAUGCUGGAUCAUGACAUCAUCAUCGCCAUCAAUGGGCAGAUCAUCCACACCACGCAGGAUGUGAGCGAAGCCAUCCACAGCAGAUCCGCGCUCUCAGUGCUGGUGAGACGAAAGAACGAGGAUGUGGUGCUGACUGUCUUUCCUGAGGAGACCUCGGACUGACAGACCUUACUGCUCCGAACUGUUUGUAGUGAUGCCCUGAGGGACUUGGUCUCCUCUGUGGGUACAAGACUGAGACCCUUUACACCCUUUACACACAAAAAUGACCGUCACCAGAAACUGUCUCUGUAAUCUUAAAUAUUAAGAUGGUAGCACCACAUUUUGUCCGGUCCUCUCUUUCUUUACAAACAUAUUCAACCAUAACAAAAGAAGAAACUAACAGAGGAGAGGAUACAUAUUUCUACUCAUGAAGCAACAAGACACAUCACGUUCUAGAUGACUGAGGCCACAAGCACUAGUAAAAACAUACCACAGUGUUCACAAACUGCAGUAACUUGACACAACAUGCCAACUUCAUUUAAAUAUCCAUACACUCAUGUUUUUAAUGCAGUGGAUGAAAUUAUUGUGUGUGGAAUAAAUGGGCAAACACAAAGAAGUGAAGUGAAAGCUGUCACAGAGUAACUCCUGUUAAACUUGGGGGGCGGUUUGGUCCUGUGGUCUAACAUGUGCUUCAUAUACAGAGGCACCUGAUCUCUCUCCCAGUGUCCCACUCUAUCCACAGUCCUGUCCUCUAUCUGCAUUCAGGCACUACAACCCAAACAUAACACUUCAUGUGGAUCCCCAAUCUCUGAAAAACAACUGUCUUUACAUGUAUGACCCAAGAACAAACAUGCUUAUCUUUCAUAUAAAAUCAUACACUUAUACACAUCUAACAGUAAGACACUCUCACUGUGUACAUGCACUUUUUAUUUUCACCUUAUUUGUGAGUUUGGAGUUGUUAUUGGCCAGUGUGAACAUAUUGCUCCUGAGUGUGUGUGAUGGUUGACACACAGAGCUGUGUCUUUGUCAUGUUAUUCAUAUUUGUCUCUGGUGUUGGUGAGUUCCUCUGUACAUAAUGAAACGGGUAAAUAAAAAACCAAAGGCGAGA